AAAUACAUAUGUUGAUGUUUAUAUCGUAAUUAAUUGAAUAAUGAUAAAUUGAAUAAAGACUGCAAGUCAUAAUUCAUAGCAAGAUUGAUGUAUGAGGUAGAUAUUUCAAGUUGAGAUUCAUCGCCAAAAAUGGAAGAAGAUAUAUUCAAUUCGCUAGUUCUUGCACUCUCAGAUGUAGAUUACAGAUUCGUGAAUGCUAAUGCAAAUAUUCAAAGACUACUUGAACUUUAUAGUAAUACCGCAUCUGGUUUACGAUUACCACCACCUGCCGCUAAGCAUAUUAUUGAAAACUUACCUGAUGUAACAAUAACCGAAGAAGCACAAUGUAUAAUAUGUCUGAAAAAUUUUUCUGUGGGAGAUACAGCUAAAAAAUUACCAUGUAAUCACUUGUAUGAUAAAGAGUGUAUUGUCCAGUGGCUUGAAAAGACUAAUACCUGUCCUAUGUGCCGUUUUGAAAUGGAAACAGAUGAUGAGGAAUAUGAAAAAGAAAGAAAAGAAAAGCUCAGAGCUAAGCAGAGGGAGGCAGAAUUAGAAAUCCUUCAUGCUUCUAUGUAUUCAUAACAUAAAAAAAAAUGGCAAUUGAUGGGGUGAAAGGUUUAUUCAUAUAAAUUUUAUUCAGGUAUCCUUGAUAUAAA